AUGACUGUGGCAGCUGAGUCACAGGACAGAAACUUGACAGAAAAGGACAUGGAGCCUGCUCUGACUCUCGGAAGAGACGGCUAUGCCACUUCUGCCUGGUUGCGGCAGAGUCCUUAUGAAUCCGCUGGCAUGUGUGGCUUCCUGGAAAACACGGAGACACCUUUGUUCCCCAUACAAAAGGGCUCCCUGAAUCUCCUGAGGCAAAAAUGGGAAUCCAGCGAUUACCAGAGAAGUGAAUACUGCCCUGGAGAUACUUGGUGCAGGCUCCCUCAGCCCAGGGAAAGCAAGUUGCUUCAAACAGAACCAGACAUUCCUUUGGCCCCAGAAACUCCAGAUCCCCCUAGUAUGGCCUGCAGCCCAGGGGAGGAGAUGCUAAGCGCAGAGACUGUAGAGGAGAGUCCCAAGGAUGAGAGCGAGCCCUCCAGGGAAUAUGGCCAGCCUGAAGUUCUGAAGGAAGCUUCUCUGAUUGGACGCCGUAGGAUCGAGCGCUUUUCCAUUGCCCUGGAUGAGCUCAGGAGUGUCUUUGAGGCUCCCAAAUGUGGAAGCAGAUUGACUGGACCAGCUCAAUACACCGGAAAGAGACAAUUCGAUCAUUCUCAUUUCAGCUUUAAGAGCGGAAUAUUUGAUGACAACGGGUCACUUGGAAACUGGUUCAGCAACUUUUUCAUUGUCUUAGCUUGA